AUGCGCAUUCUCUCUCUUACGUCCUUUCUCUCGCGCACUCUCACGCACAUUCUCUCUCUCAAACGCCCUCUCACGCGCACCCUCAUACGCUCCCUCACACGCUCUCUCACACGCUCUCACACGCACUCUCUCACGCGCUCUCACACGCGUUCUCUCACCCGCUCUCUCAUGCGCACUCUCACGCGCUCUCUCACGCUCCCUCACGCGCUCCCUCGCGCACUCUCAGGCACACUCUCACGCACUCCCUCUCGCGCUCUCUCUCGCGCACUCUCACCAGAUUCUCUCUCUCGCGGACUAUCACACGCAUUCUCUCUCUCGCGCUCUCACGCGCAUUCACACACGCUCCCUCAUGCGCUCUCUCAUGCUCACCCUCACGCGCACUUUCACGCACUCUCUCAUGUGCUCUCUCACGCGCUCUCACGCACGUGCUCUCUUGCGCUCUCUCACGCGCUCUCUCACGCGCUCUCUCACGCGCUCUCUCACGCUCUCUCUCACGCGCUCUCUCAUGCGCUCUCUCACGCGCUCUCUCACGCGCUCUAUCAAGGCGCACUCUUAGGGGCACUCUCAAGCGCUCUCUUUCGUGCUCUUUUUCCCGCACGCACACGUGCAUUCUCUCUCUUACGUCCUUUCUCUCGCGCACUCUCACACACAUUCUCUCUCUCAAACGCUCUCUCACGGGCAUUCUCUCUCUUACGUCCUUUCUCUCGCGCACUCUCACGCACAUUCUCUCUCUCAAACGCUCUCUCACGCGCAUCCUCACACGCUCCCUCACACGCUCUCUCACGUGCUCUCACACGCGCUCUCUCACGCGCUCUGACACGCGUUCUCUCACCCGCUCUCUCAUGCGCACUCUCACGCGCUCUCUCAUGCUCCCUCACGCGCUCCCUCGCGCACUCUCAGGCACACUCUCACGCACUCCCUCUCGCGCUCUCUCUCGCGCAGUCUCACCACAUUCUCUCUCUCGCGGACUAUCACACGCAUUCUCUCUCUCGCGCUCUCACCCGCACUCACACACGCUCCCUCACGCGCUCUCUCAUGCUCACUCUCACGCGCACUUUCACGCACUCUCUCAUGUGCUCUCUCACGCGCUCUCUCACGCGCUCUCAUGCGCCCUGUCGUGCUCUCUCACGCACUCUCUCAUGCGCUCUCUCAAGGCGCACUCUUAGGCACACUCUCACGCACUCUCUCUCUCUCGCGCUCUCUCUCUCGCAUUCUCACCGCGUUCUCUCUCUCUCACGCGCUCUCUCACGCCCACCCUCAUGCGCUCUCUCACGCGCUCUCUCACGCGCUCUCUCACGCGCUCUCUCACACGCUCUCAUAUGCGCACACGCUCUCCCUCGCGCUCCAUCUCUUUCUUCUUCAAAUGAAAGUGCAAUGCAAACGCCGGGGAGGGAAGGAGAGGCGACGGCGGGGAGUCGGGAGAGGCGACCGCGGGGAGGAGCGAGAGGCGACGGCGGGGAGGAGGGAGAGGCGACCGUGGGGAGGAGGGAAAGGCGACGGCGGGGAGGAGGAGAGGCGACGGCAGGGAAGGAGGAGAUGCGACGGCGGGGAGGAGGAGAGGCGACGGCGGGGAGGAGGAGAGGCGACGGCGGGAAGGAGGGAGGCGACGGCGGGGAGGAGGGAGAGGCGUCGGCGGGGGGAGAUGCGACGAUGGGGAGGAGGAUAGGCGACGGCGGGGAGGAGGGAGGCGUCGGCGAGGAGGAGGGAGGCGACGGCAGGGAGGUAAGGGAGAGGAGGUGGCGGGGUGGAUGGGACGGAGUGAUUGUGAGGUGGGUUGGAGAGGUGUAA